GGGGCGGGGUGGGGAGGUAACGGGACGGGCGCGACCAUGGCGCGGUGAGGGAGCGGGGGUGGAGAUCGGUCCGGGGGAGGCCUGGGACCGCUGGCUUGUGCGCCGUCUCGGCCGCCCCCCCUUUCGCUGCCGCCGCCGCCGCCGCCCCGGGCAUGUCGUCCAACUGCACCAGCACCACGGCGGUGGCGGUGGCGCCGCUCAGCGCCAGCAAGACCAAGACCAAGAAGAAGCAUUUCGUGUGCCAGAAAGUGAAGCUAUUUCGGGCCAGCGAGCCGAUCCUCAGCGUCCUGAUGUGGGGGGUGAACCACACGAUCAAUGAGCUGAGCAAUGUCCCUGUCCCUGUCAUGCUAAUGCCAGAUGACUUCAAAGCAUACAGCAAGAUCAAGGUGGACAAUCAUCUCUUCAAUAAAGAGAACCUCCCCAGCCGCUUUAAGUUUAAGGAGUACUGCCCCAUGGUGUUCCGAAAUCUCCGGGAGAGGUUUGGGAUUGAUGAUCAGGAUUACCAGAAUUCAGUGACGCGCAGUGCCCCCAUCAACAGUGACAGCCAGGGCCGAUGUGGCACACGUUUUCUCACUACCUAUGACCGGCGCUUUGUGAUCAAGACUGUGUCAAGUGAGGAUGUGGCUGAGAUGCACAACAUCUUAAAGAAAUACCACCAGUUCAUAGUGGAGUGUCACGGCAAUACCCUUCUGCCACAGUUCCUGGGCAUGUACCGCCUGACUGUGGACGGCGUGGAAACGUACAUGGUGGUCACCAGGAAUGUGUUCAGCCAUCGGCUCACUGUACACCGCAAGUAUGACCUCAAGGGUUCUACUGUUGCCAGAGAAGCGAGUGACAAGGAGAAGGCCAAGGACUUGCCAACCUUCAAAGACAAUGACUUCCUCAAUGAAGGGCAGAAGUUGCACGUGGGAGAAGAGAGUAAAAAGAACUUCCUGGAAAAACUGAAACGGGAUGUAGAGUUCCUGGCCCAGCUGAAGAUCAUGGACUAUAGCCUGCUGGUGGGCAUCCACGAUGUGGACCGGGCGGAGCAGGAGGAGAUGGAGGUGGAGGAGCGGGCAGAGGAUGAGGAGUGUGAGAACGACGGGAUGGGUGGCAGCCUGCUCUGCUCCUACGGCACACCUCCGGACAGCCCUGGCAACCUCCUCAGCUUUCCCCGGUUCUUUGGUCCUGGGGAAUUUGAUCCCUCUGUUGAUGUCUAUGCCAUGAAAAGCCAUGAAAGUGCCCCCAAGAAGGAGGUUUAUUUCAUGGCCAUCAUCGAUAUCCUCACGCCGUAUGAUGCUAAGAAGAAAGCUGCACAUGCUGCCAAAACAGUGAAACACGGGGCGGGAGCGGAGAUCUCAACUGUGAACCCUGAGCAGUACUCCAAACGCUUCAACGAGUUCAUGUCCAACAUCCUGACGUAGUUACCCUCUACCUUCAGCCAGAGCCAGAGUGCUGGAUGUGGGGUCGGGGAUUGGAAGAGGGAGAGGGUGUUAUUUGGGCUGGAUGGGAGGGUGAGGAGCAGAGUGGCGGGUAGGGGAGGGCUUUAGCAAUGCGACUGCAGCCUGUGACACUGGAAGAGACUAGCUGGAGAGGAGGGGAUGUGCUGUGUGUGCGCGUGCUCACAGGAUGUAACCUCACCUGCUUACCCUUGAUUUCCCCCCCAUUUGACCCAGGUUAAAAAGGGGUUUCCUUUUUGUUACACUGUAACUUUUUAAGAUACCUUGGGGCUAGAGAUGACUUUGUGGGUUUAUUUGGGUUUUGUUUCUGAAAUUUCGUUGCUCCAGAUUUGCUAUUUAUAAUGAUGUAUGUCAUCACCCUAUCCACCCUCCCCAUCCCUGACCUGCUCUCACUUCCCUUCGAUUAGAGAAGCACCCACAGACCCAGCGAAGGGUCAUCUCAGAGCAAAGCGCUCUGGUGCCACAGGAGAGGAGAUUAGACACCUCUGCCCUCCCUGCUGCAUUUGAUCUUGUCUAGAUUAACUUUUAAUUUCAUGGAGUAUUGUGCACAGCUUCCUCCACUUUUUCAGCCUCAGCUCCAAGUGAAAUGUUACAUGAUUCCUCCAUCUAAAUGCUGUUCUUCCCGAAGGAACACUCCAGAUCAACACCAGGCAUCUUGGAUCAGAAUCAGAGAUCUCAGAGGGGAGUGAGUUCAUCCUCAUGGGAUGGUAAGGGGUCGGGGGCUGCUGGGCUCUCGGACAGCUGGUUCUCAGAGAACCCCAUGAUCAUCACCCAAGCUCCUGGGCUCUCUUGGCCCCUGGAGUUCAGAUGUCUUCUCUAUAAAGCCUCCCACUGAGUCAAGAGGAACUAGAAAGCACCUUUGGAUAUAACAGGACCCUCGUGCUUAAAUGGUUAUUUCCCCUCGGGAAAGCCCAGAAAAGCUGAUGAGUAUCGAAUGAGGUCUUGUGCCCUCCAUCCAUUUACUUCCUUCUGACCUUCUCCCAGGCACUCUCAUUUGUAGGUGAGCUUUUAGUUGGGGGCAGAUCUCCAUGUGCCUGGGGUGCUCCUUGCAGAGAUACCUCUUCAACCCCCAGGGCUACCAUGUAGGUAAUCUGACUCCCUAUGGUUUGUCACCUGGAUGCUUGUGGCCAGCAGGGAGUGGUGCCCCCCACCUUGGAGCGUGGCACCCAAGCCUGAGGUUGCUUCUGAGCCACCUGAGGAUCUGACCUGGGAAAUCCAAUUUGGAGGCUUGAUGUGCGAUUUGACGUGGCCCCAGCCUUGGAUCUGUUUUUCCUCGAUGUCCCCUCUAGACUUUUCACAGAUCUGCCACCCACAAGCCUCCUCAGGAGUGGCAUCCUGCAGCUUCCUUCAGGGUCUCUACCCACCUUCUGAGCCGGCUACCUAAGCCUCAGAAUUGUGUCCUUCUGCGAUGCCAUCAGAGCAGUCUGGUCUGGCUAGGAGAGAAAACAGCCCUGUGUUGGGGGAGGUACAUUCCUGCGUCUUCUCACCAUCUCACCAGGAACUGGGGUCUUGGGAUGAGACACGGUAAAACUUGUAGAUAACUCCGCAAAUGGAAAGAAAGUUUGUGGAACCAUUUUGAAUGAAUGGAUUGGUUUCCUUGGCUCCCUGCAAACCUGGCCAAGCUCAGCUUCUGGAGCAGGAACAAGCACCAUCUCUGUGCCCAACCCACAGUAUUUAGGUCAGGGAGGAAUGGAGACCGCAUUCUUGGACUCUACUGGGGCUGUCGGAACCCUUCUGGAAGAGGCAGACGGGGGCCAAACAACUGCCCUGGCCCCAGGAAGGGGCUCUAGGUAGCUCUGAACGUCAGCAGCAAGACCGCGAAGUGACCUGGAGAAGAACUUGGAACCAAGUGGCUCGUGGAGAAAACAAAUUUGACUUAGGAAGGGAUUAGUAGGAAUAAUGUUUGGACUUGAUUUCCCCACCUCCUAAUCAAGAAUGAAAAUUUGGAUCUGCUCCUAGUCGAGCCCAGCAUCUCCCAAGCUUUUCAGGCUGUCCUCUCGCAGCCUCCACAACCUUGGGCUCCCUCGGCUUCCUGCAUUUGGUCUGCUGAUCGUGUCGCCAUCAUGUGUACGAAAAGUGUAACCAGUCGUUAUCAGUUGAAGGUGAGCUACCAGGUAUCUAACUUCUUUAACAUUGAGU